AUGGUCGAUCGCGAAAAUGGCUGGACAACAGUUGGCCAUCGGAUUCUUGGCCACGGCCAUCAGUUUGGCGCUGGUCGUGAGUGGGUAGUGCAGGAAGAAUUGGCUGAUAUGGAAGCUAUUACCUCAUGGGAGAAGGAUACGCAAUGGCCUGGCAUAGACAACGCCCUCUUCGACGGCCCGGAAGCCAAAAAAUUCGACAACAAACUAGUCAAGCUCCAUGAUCUAGAUCAAGGCGCUUUUGGGAGGGUAGACAAGGUCAUGCACGGAUCAGUUUGCCUGGCUAGGAAGCGCAUACCGAGACGACGCGGAUUUACCAUUGAAGACUUGCGGAAAGAAGGGGUAACAAUGCGCAAGCUUGAUCACCGUCAUGUCGUCAAGUUGGUGGCUACAUAUGCUCCGAGGUCUCACGAGCUGUGCUUAUUAAUAUGGCCUGCUGCCGUUUGCAACUUGAACAGGCUGCUGGAGGACCUCGAAUGUCUACGCCUCAAGGAGGGAGACCGUGAAGACAUUGUCGAACGUUUGACGGCAUUGGACCUAAAAGAUCUGAGCGCCAUUGAUCCAAUCGCCAAUGAUCAAUACCUGACACCGGUGUCCGACUCGUGCCCUUUUGAUUUCUUGCGAACAAUUAUUGGUUGUGUCGCUCGCGCCAUGUCUCAUUGCCAUGCGAAUAAUGUCCGGCAUCUUGACAUCAAGCCCUCCAAUAUUCUACUGCGACCAGAUCGUGUCUACUUGGCCGACUUUGGUAUCUCUCGAGAUGUCACUGGCCAAGACCAUACAACAACAGAUGGAAUGCCUGGCACCGAAAGGUGGCGAGCCCCGGAGCUUUAUGGUGACAAUGGCUCCAGUAUGCAGCUGUCAGACAUGUACUCGCUUGGUCUGGUCUACCUAAAUAUUGCGACGGUGCUAUACGAUGCGAGAUUGGCGGAAUUUGACGAAGCCCUCAGCUACCCGGGGAGGAUAUCUCGUGACGAACAGCUUCGGGUCAGAGAAGAUAAAAUCAAGGCACACCUGGACCGACUUACUGCCAGAGCCUUGGUCAUGCCACCCUUCAUGUUUACGUACGAGGGCCAAGAGACAGUGCGGCCACGACCGUUGACGCAACUCAUAUCUCGGAUGGUUGCCACCAACCCAAGACACAGGUUAACGGCCGCGAAAAUUGAUGAAAAGCUCUCGAUGCUCGGAGGAAUCAACCAAAUUUACCACGCUGAUUGCUGUAAGAGGCCCAUAUCGUGGGUGGAGGACAAGUGGGAUAGGAAGUUUGCCAGCCUCAUCGCGCUACAAAAAGAAAAUGACGUGCAGCGCAGGAGAAUCAUGGAACUAGAGGGCAAGGACCAGACAUAUGAAACCAGACUGGAAAAGCAACGGCAAAAACAUGAGCAGGAUAUUUCCAGACUGCAAGUCCUGUUGAAAAAUGCAGAAGAGAGAUGCCAGAGGCUGGAAUCUGAAAAGACAGACCGGCGCAGAAGAUCUCACAGCUCCCGUGGUUCUCACGGCCAUGAUGUACCACGGCCAGUCUUGCUGGGCGGGAAAAGGAACCUGCAAAAUGGACCUACAACACCACAAGGCGUUGGACUGGGACUAAACAAGUCGAAGUUAACUCCGCCAAGAUCAACAGGACUGGGAAAGCCAGCAUCCGGAUCCGCAUCCUUCAAACCUCUGGCGCAUCCCUAUCCACAGCGGUCUCAGUCCAUCGUGACGCCCACUCCAGAACGUCCCUCGCAAAUGCGUACCCUUCAGAGCAGCCCGGCAGUGGCCCAGUCAUCAGCUGCCAAAUCACCUUCAGGCCAGCGGUCCCCGAGCUUCAGCGGCAACUUGGCAGGCUACGCUUUACGGUCUCGUGGAUCUGGCUCCAAGCUUCCGUUGCCCGUCACACCGAGCCGGAGCAACACACCAGUCUUCCAUAGAGACCAAAGCAUGACGGAUAGCAGUAUGGCGUCAUCUGUCUUUUCACGCAAGAGUCUUGAGACCCUACCUACUCCUCCAGCACACAACAGCCCGGUAUUGCAGCGUACGGCUACGGAAAACAUGAAACCACAAUGGGGCCAACUCGAGGACAGACCCGCAUCGCCAACUGAACAGCCGCCCGUAACCAAGGACGAAGUGCAGAGACCCUCCACUCCCGAUAGUCCCGUAUUAUCCAUGUCGCCGUCUGCUAUGUCUUCUCCACGAACUCUCAGAUCAGAAGUCCUUACGGAUGGCGGUGACAAAAACGCCACUUCGAGGCCCAUACCCCCGUCAUUACAACCUAUGAAGAGCUGGGCGGAUGUGGCCAAGUUGGAAAAGAGGCGACAAAUCGCAACGAAGUAG